AUGCCAGGAAAUACCUCUUUGCGACUGACUUCCUCUGACACUCAAGCUUCAUCGUCGAAACACCACCGAAUGUCCACCAAGAAGCCCUACGCCGCACCGGAAUUGCCAGUCGAGGUCGAGAACCAGACUCCGCCACAGGCCGCUGUUGCCACCCAGUCCAACGACAUCGACAUGGCCGACUCGGACGAGAUCGACGAGUACCCAUUGCGCUUCUAUUCCGACGAGGAAGACACCGACCCAGAAGAUCUCGACUACGAUCCCGAGUCCCGCCCGACAUCCCCGAUGUCGCUGACUGAGAGCGAGCGCGGUGACUUCGCCGGCGUGCUGAAGGACCUGCACGAGUACGACACGGACCCGAUUGUGCCUCCGCCGCCGGAACAGAUUCAGGGCGCACUCGCGCUGUACACGGAGAAGGAGCUCGAAGUGCUUCGCAAUGCGUACGAGAUGGUCUACGGACGGCCCGCUAGGUGGUUCAAGGAACAGUCGGAGGAGCCUAUGGAGGAGAGCGCGGCAGGUGACAGCGAUGACGCUGACGAAUCGGCCGUCCUUGUCGACAAGGCAGAGGCGAGCGGGGAGGAAUGGGUCAGCGUCUAA